ACGUGGCGCUGCGUGAUGGAUCUCUCCAAACUCUGAAAUCUCACUAUACUGAGAUCUGCUGCUUUCUUCAGAUACAUAAACAGGACGGGGUCUUUCUUCUGCUCAGGACUGAGGUGAACAGCACUGACAAGGACGCUGAAAACUGCAAACAUGAGGGGCGAGAGGGAGGAUGUUGUUUUUCAGGCUCUCCUCUUGAUCCACAUCCCUGUGGUCUGCUUCUUCACUGCAGCGUCCUGUCAGUCUGACAGCAGCAGCAGUGUGGUGGUGGCAGGUUAUAAUAUGAGCGCCCCCGCCGGGUCCAGGAUGGUGCUGCAGUGCGUGAGCGGCCGCAUGGUGUGGACCAGAGACGGGGUGAGGGACCGGCAGAGGGUGGUCCACUGGGACAUGUACCGCAGUGACCCGGACUACGCCAUGGAGAGGGUGGUGGACAUGUUCUCAGCCGGAGAACAGAGGAUCUACAACUCCUACAACCUGGGCAGGGUCAGCCUCAGCAAAAAGGCCUUCAAGGAUGGAAACUUCUCUCUGGUCAUCAAAGAUGUGACGAUGAACGACAGAGGCCUGUACUCCUGUAACCUCCAUCAUCUCUACUGCCACCUGUACGAGACGGUCCGAGUGCAGCUCAACGUCACCAAAUCACGCCGUAAAGAGCAGCGGUUCUGGGAUGGACAGAAGGCCGUGUACGUGGUGCUGCUGGGGAGCACCGUGGUGCUGCCCUGCAUCAACCGACGUACUGUGUGGACGGACUGGAGCAACGAGGAGGAGGACCAGCAGGUGGUCCACUGGGACCGUCAGUCCCCUGGAGUCCACCACGAUCGAGCUGACCGGCUGGUUGACCUUUACGCCUCCGGGGAGCAGCGCAGCUAUGGACCCUUGUUCCUCCAGAGGAAGAUGAACAUCAGCAAUCAGGCCUUCUCAGAGGGAGACUUCUCACUCACCAUAUCAGACCUGCAGCCCACAGACCAGGGGAUGUAUUCCUGCCACCUCCACCAUCACUACUGUGGUCUACACGAGAGAAGAGAGUUUCAGGUCACGGUGCAGCCGCCACUGAUUCAAACCACUGAGCCAGCCAAAGCGUUACCCAGCGAAGACAAAGACACCAGUAAGAGUGAAUCACCGCGAGUCAUCACCGUCAUCCUGCCCGACCAGAGACAUCACUUUCUCCUGCCGCUGGGCUAUGUCCUCACCACCCUUCUGCUCCUGGCCUUCAUCAUCCUCAUCAUCAUCCUCAUCACACGCCGACGUAGAACCAAAGAAUUUUAUCCUCAAGCAUCCAUGAGGUCCAGCAGAAGUCAGAGCAGCUCAGAUGAGUUUGAGAUGGACGUUACUGAGGUGAAUGUGUGCAGUCGAGAGGAAAGAAGAUUUGACUACAAGAACAACCUGCUAAAGGAAAAGGUCCACGUGAACACUCAGCCUAAAGUCAUUGAUCUUGACAAAGAGAUGCAGAAGUUUUCUAAGUGAGAAAGUGAGAAGGAAGUGAAAUCGGAGUCACUGGCUGGUCCAGAGGCUGCGGUCCAAACUAAACACCUCCACACUGCCUUCUGUCCUGGCAGGAGAGACGGUGCAGAGAGAAAGUCAAUGUUGCAAAAUGCUUUGUUGUGAAAUGCAGAAAAACGGUAGAAACGGUUCACACUGAGGUCUUGUAUUGUCAAAUUGUUAGUAUCACACAGAGAGGGUUGUGUUUUCUUUUACUGUACUUGAUCAAACUAAAAAAAGUCUGGACAGGGACCACUGAGCACAGCAUCACUGCACCACCCAGAGGGGAAUCCUAACCAAACCUGGACUGCCAUAUGAAGAAGAAACGUGGACAGAAAGCUGAAUAGGAUCGACUCAGCUGUGGCUCAGCGAAGAUGAAUUGUCUGUUGUCAUAGUUUGACAUCAUUAUUCCUCUUGUUAAAAGGAUGUUUUUUAAUUUUAUUUUGCCUCUACUCCUCUCCAUUAUUUGGCUUAAGUGACUGACACAUUCCUGCAGAGUUGCUAUCGGUGCAAACUGCUGCCUGCAGGCUUUGAUCAACUGUAUGCAAACUGACCAUUUAAGUAGUUUGUGUAAAAGUGUUUUAUUUUGAUGCUCAGACUGUAAUUUUGUGGAAUGUUUCCGUUUCUUUUUUAUGUUUUCAAAUUCUGUGCUGAUUUUUAAUUGCUACACAUGUUAAGAAAAGAGACCUAUUCUCUCUUUAUUCUGAUUUUUUUUGACUGUCACACACUAAGUGCAAAUAUUUGUGAACUGAAUGCAGACAGGAGAAAUGUUUGCCAAAGGCGUUUCUCACAGCAAACACUUGGACUCGUCAUUCUCACCCUGGGGUCAAACAGGUUGAUGAAAAAUGGCUCUGUUCAGUCAGAACAGUGUGCAAUGUGAGGACCCUGAAAGUGAAACAAAAGUCUGCCAUCUUGUAAUCCUAGGGGCUGGAGUAGAAGGCAACAGGACUUUUUUUUUUUUUUUUGUAAGGUUCUUCAAGACGUUUCAUGUUUUAUUUAAAAGGCUGCUUCAGUUCUGACUGGCUGUUGGGGAGUUCCAGACAUUUAUUGUCACCCCAACUCACAUGAUUUAAAGCUUAAUGACCUGAGGAACAGAGGAAGCCUCUUAGAUGAGAGAGAAAUGUCUACAAGACCAAAAAAAAAAGCCUCGUUUCCUUUGGCUGGAGCACUUACGAUGACCAUAAUUGAGUCUAAACAGAAUCUACAUUUUGUUUUCUCAGCAUACCUUGAACUCUGAUUCUGUCGGUAUUAUUCUGAUGUUAUUAGCCGCACUUGUAUUUGACGGUGUCUGUUUUGCAAACUUUUUUUUUUUUUUUAGUCUACAUUUUUGACCUGGUCAAGUGCGCCCCCUAGCUUGGGAUCCACUGAAAGAGCUGAUAUAUUAAAACAUUAAGUGUCCAUUCUGGUACAACAGAACACUUUCUUUGCAGUACAACGUGUGAACCACACUACAAACUCUUUAAAGAAAAGAAAUGCUACGGCUUCGGCUUUCUUCAGUUACUUCAUCUGCUCGUUUGUGCUUCAUACCCAUCUACCUAUCUGUUGUGUUGCUGUGCUGUACUGCUAAUUCAGUAAAACUGUAAUACAAAAAUCUGGAGGA